AUGGUGAUAUAUGAAUGGCAGGAGCAGUUGGACAUCCAGAUCAAGAAAAUUUGUUCGUCAAAAGGAGAGGCGGAAUUUGUCUGGAGUGAUUAUUCCAACAAGACGCGCCGCUUUGAUGGCUUUCACAACAAGUGGCAUCUCUGUAAGAAAUUUAAUCCUCAAGCACAACCUGAUGGAGAUGAUAUGGAGGACAAUUUUGGAGAGGACAUGGAAGAAGAUGUGGAUAUGUCGAGAUACAUAAUAGCUAAUGGAAUGUCUCAACAUAAUCCCACUGAACCUGUCAACUUUGUUGAAUGCCUAAAAGGACAUUCAGAGGAUGUGAUUGUGAAUACAACCAUUGCACAAUUUGAUUCCACUCUCGUUGUCAUGCAGUGUCACUUUGGACUACACUUGAAUGGCAGCUAUGGCUCUUAUGAGCCAUCAUCACAAUUUGCUCAUUGGAAGUCCAAGAACAAUUGGAAAAAUGUGUCCAAAGUCGUUGUUCAGACAAAUACACAUUCUGAUCAAGUAUCGCCUGCUCAUCGUGACAUCAUCAUGGACCUCAUUGCAAGUCUUGCUAUCCUUCCCCCUGUUCAGCAUCAUCGGAUUUUGCAUCAUAUAUGGGAUCUGGCGGUCGGUGGAGACUUGCGGUUGCGGAUGAGUCAUGAAUUUCACAUUGUUCCCCAACAAUUUUCAGACAAAACCUACCAUGUAUUUGAUGGUGUGUAUGAUGAUGGGUUGCCUUGUACACUCACCAUUGAGGAAGCAGCAACAACUUCAGUCGAUCAACUUGAUCAGUACAGCCUUGGAUGGAGACCCACUGGCUACCAAGCUGAUUAUACGGACUAUGUAGUGUACCAGCAAAAGAGGGACACUCUCAUGUCGCAACCGCGUGCCAGAGCUGCGCUGCUCAAAGGGGGGAUUGUUUGGAGAUUGGCAGUGGAGAGCUUUGGAUGGGACAACCUCGCUCACGUUGAAGUGGAGUUAGAUCUUAUUUAUGGGAUGUAUUAUAUUGAGAAAAGUACAUCUCAGCAAGCUGCCUCUUGGUGGCCACAUCAUACUGUAUGGGUAACCUGUGAUCUUACAGAGUUCUACGCAGUGGAAGAAAUCACUGAAAUUCAAUCCUGCUACCAGGGAUGUUAUGGAGAAUAA